AUGUAUGAGAUGAAGCGCGAGGGGUUUCCGGUGCGGCGGAGGAGUGUGGUGAUUGGGGGAGAGGAAGGGGAGAUGGGUGUGGGGGGAGAGGAUGCGGGGAUGGGAGUGGGAGGAGAGGAGGCGCGGGUGAAUGUGGCGGAAGUAGGUGUGGGCGUGGACACGGGGAGGGGAGGGAGGGAGUCGUUAGAAAAGAGUGUGAGUAUGAGCGGUAUGGGCAUGGGAGAAGGGGGCAGGGGCAUGGGGGACAAAGCCAAAAGCAUGGGUGAAGGGAUCAGCAGCAGGAGCAGUAGGAGCAGCAGCAGGGGCAUGCGCAUGGAGCUGGAGAUUCACCUGGUGCCGUACAGUGAGCACUGCAGCUUCCCUGAGCUUCGCUCCUUCCUCUCCUUCCUGCGCCCCCGCCGCAUCAUCCCCACCGUCAACACGGGUGAGACAGCACGCCCCAGUACAAAUCAGCUGCAUCAUCUGAGAGGUUUGGUGGAUGAGUCAGCAUGCAAGCAGCGGUUUCUGGCGGGGUUUGGAAGGCGGAGAGAGAGGCGAGGGGGCUGGGUUGUGGCGGGGGAGGGUGAGGGAGAGGUGGAGAGGGGGAGUGGGGGUGUUGGGGAGGGAGAGGAGGGGGGAGGAGGAGGUGAGGGUUUGGGAUGGUGUAUGGUUGAGUCAGGUUGGGAGGAGAAGGGAGUGGCGGAGAAAGAAGAGAAGGGAGCGGAGGGGGAUGACGAGGAGGGUGAGGGGGGAAGGGGAGAAGGAGAGGGGAUGUUAUUUUCGGAAAGAGGUACUGGCGAUGGGUGUGUUGAGGGGGAGGAGGAGAGAAUGGAAGAAGAGGGGGUUGGGGGGGGCGCGUGUGGUGGUGAGGGUGGAGCGUGUGGAGAGGAUUUAGAUCGGGCAGGUGCUGCUGACGUGGCACAGUUGCACGAUGACGUGGCGGCUUCUGACGGGUUGUUACCAGCCGCGAAGCGGCAGCGGUUGGAACCGUGUGGUGCUGCUGUGCGUGUUAGUGACAACAAAGGCCGUGCGGUGCAGAGGAUGGUGGCGGUGGGCCUGCCAGGGCUGACGGCUGCAGUGGCGGUGAGGUUGCUGAAGGCGCAUGGGGGGGAUGUGGGGAGAGCGGUAGAUGCCUUCUUGAUGCAUGUGGAGGGCGCGGGGGGAGGUGCAGCGGACGGGGGAGGGGGAGGGGCAGCUGACGUGGGAGGGGGAGGAGCAGGGGGUGGAGUGGGAAGAGACGAGGGAGGAGCGGGAGAAAGAGGAGCAGGAGAGGGAGAGGGAGAGGGAAGAGAGGGAGAUUGGACGGGAGGUGAGGGAGAGGGAGGAGAGGGAGAGAGAGUCAUGGGGGAGGGAAGAGAGGAUAGAAGGCGUUUGGAAGAGGAGGGAAGGCGAGAUGAAGGGGAAGGAGAGCAGGAUCGAAGUGGGGUUUCUUGUGGGGUGGAAGGAAGACGAGAAACGGAGGGGGAGAGGGCGGAGACGAGGAAAGGAGACAGGGAGGGUGUGGAGGGUAGUGUAGCAAGCAAGCUGGCAAGGACGGAGGGUGUUAAGUGUACAGCAGCCUCAGCAGAAGCAGCAGCAGCCGCAGCAGUAGAAGUAGAAGCAGCAGCAGCAGCAGCAGCAACGGCAGCAGAGGCAGCAGCAGCAGCGCCAGUGAAGUCAGCAGUGCCAGCAGCAGCAGCAUCCAGUGGCAAGGGCGCAGUGCCACCAGUGGCACUCGGUAUUGCAGCGUUUGAUCCCGUCGCACAUGCGGGGUGGGAAUCAGGAGCAGCAGCACCAUACAUGCAUCUGGCAGUGGCGUUUGAUGCAGUGGAGAGGGAGAGUGGCCGCAUCAAGACAUCCGACAUUCUCACCAACACUUUCAGAAGCCUCUUGGCACUCUCGCCCAAUGACCUGCUGCCAGCUGUCUACCUCUGCACCAAUCGCAUCGCCCCCGACUUUGUCGAUGCUGACCUUAAUGUGGGUGGGGGCACUGUGGCUGGUGCAGUGUGUGAAGCAACAGGCGUGAAGAGGCAGCAGCUGCGACUCAUGUACACACGCAUGGGCGACCUUGGCGAUGUGGCCCAUGCAUGUCGCUCCUCGCAGCGUUUGCUGCGAGCCCCCCAGCCCCUUACCAUCCACCGCCUCUUCCACGCUCUGCGCUCCCUCAGCUGCGAGGCAGGGCAGGGCAGCGGAGCGCGCAGAAAGGCCCUUAUAGUCUCCCUGCUGCGAGCAUGCCGGGGCGUGGAGAUCAAAUACGUCGUCCGCACGCUGGUGCGCAACAUGCGGCUGGGAGCCAUGAUGAGAACGGUGCUGCCAGCGCUGGCAGCAGCGGUGGUGCUCCACCAUGCCUCGCCACGCUCUGCCGUCCCACCCGCCCAGCUCAAGCUCCUUCGACCCACCAUUCAGGAAGCUUCUUCUGCUCUUUCCGAGGCCUUCAACUUUCUGCCCAACCUUGAGCUGCUGGUGCCCUUGAUCCUCAGACGAGAACCACCACCUCACAAGGGCUCCCUCCUCCUCCUCAACACGUGCACGCCAUCCCCCUCGCACCCCACCGAACCCAUUCCCACACCUGCUUCCGUGGCCACUACUACCACAACAACUACUACUAUUACCACUACCACUGAAGCCGCAGCUUCUAGUGCCACUCCUGCCACCGCCCCCCCAUCGCCCAUGCUGGGUGCUGGCCUGGCGUUCCUGCUGCAAGCUGUGGCUUCCGGCGGCCUCGUCUCCCCAGGGACCCCUUUCAAGCCCAUGCUAGCCAAGGUUUCCACUGGUCCUGCACAUGUGCUCUCAAAGUUUCAAGGCCACGCAUUCGCGUGUGAGUUCAAGUAUGAUGGUCAGCGUGCGCAGAUCGUGCCAGUGUCACACGAAACUACUCCCCAGGGCUUCCACAAGCUGCUGCCCUUCCAAGUGCUGUCACGCCGAGAGAGAGGCAGCAAGGAAAGAGUGGAGAGCAGUAAGGAGGAACCAGGGAGGACAAGCAAGGGGCAGCGUAAGGUGAUUUCGAGCAUUCCGUAUGGAGCAACGAAGGCAGGUGGGAGCAAGCGGGACGAGAGGGAGGAGACGGACGAGAAGGAGGGAGAUAUCAGCAGUUUAGCGCAAAUGGGUCGAGGAGAGAGGGGGGAUUUGACAAUGGAGGGGCAUGGGAGGGAGGUGACGGGUACGGGGACAGAGGAGGGAGGAAUGGGAGCAGCGGAGGGAUGGGUGGGAGAGGUGGAAGGAGACAGGGCGAUGCAGGGAGCUGGAGGAGAGGCAGAGGCGAGCACAAGGGAAGAAGUGGUGGUGGCAGUGGGCAGUGGUUGCAGCAGCAGAAGCAUGGCAGCCCUGGUCGCAGCACUGCCUGGCGCGGCCAGCAGCGAGGUUCCCGGAGGGCUCAUGAUUGUUGCACAGACAGAGGUGGGUGGGUGUGUGCGCAUGGAUGGCAAGUGCAAGGUGACUUCUGAGUCGACUCAAAAGUCAUCUGGUGCGGUGAGCAGCGAGGUCCCUGGAUGGCUCAUGAUCGUUGCACAGACAGAGGUGGGUGUGCGUGCGCACAUGACUUUUGAGUCGACUCAAAGGUCAUUUAGUGCGGCCGCCAGUGAGGUCCCUGGGGGGCUCAAUUCUCAUGAUCAUCGCACAGACAGAGAGCGCGGGUGCGAGGGGCUGAUGGUGAAGGAGGAGGAGGAGAGUGGGAGCGGUGCCGUAGAGGCGAGUCUAGGCGCGGCAACAGAGCGCGGGUGCGAGGGGCUGAUGGUGAAGGAGGAGGAGGAGAGUGGGAGCGGUGCCGUAGAGGCGAGUCUAGGCGCGGCAACAGAGCGCGGGUGCGAGGGGCUGAUGGUGAAGGAGGAGGAGGAGAGUGGGAGCGGUGCCGUAGAGGCGAGUCUAGGCGCGGCAACAGAGCGCGGGUGCGAGGGGCUGAUGGUGAAGGAGGAGGAGGAGAGUGGGAGCGGUGCCGUAGAGGCGAGUCUGGGUGCAUCGAUAGAGCGCGGGUGCGAGGGGUUGAUGGUAAAGCUGCUGGACGGCCCGCCCUCCUUCUACUGCCCCAACAAGCGCUCUGACUCUUGGCUCAAGGUGAAGCGGGACUACGUGGCAGGGCUGGGCGACUCUCUGGAUCUCGUGCCCAUUGGUGCAUGGCAUGGCAAUGGCCGCAAGGCCGGAUGGUUCAGUCCGUUCCUGAUGGCAUGCUACAAUGCAGACUCGGAGCGAUACGAGAGUGUGUGCCGAGUCAUGUCAGGCUUCUCAGACGCCUUCUACUCACAGGCAACGUCUCGGUAUCGUGAGAGUGAGGAGCUGAUUCUGCCACGCAAGCCCCCAUACGUGUCCACCUUGGAGGAGCCGGACGUGUGGUUUCUUCCUCAUGAAGUGUGGGAGAUUCGCUUCGCCGAUUUGAGUCUCUCGCCAGUGCAUCAAGCAGCUUUGGGAUUGGUCCAUCCCACUCGCGGGAUUUCCCUGCGCUUCCCAAGGUUUGCGUCAGUCCGAUUGGACAGGCUUUCAGAGGACGCAUCGUCAGCAGCAGAGGUUGCAGAGUUGUACCUCGCACAAGCUAAAUCUUAA